CGCACCCCGCCUCCAGAAAAACCCUAGCCCUCGCAGCCGCAGCGGCGCGCACACCUCUCCCUCCUCCCUGAAGACAGCGCCGCCGUCGGCGAGAGCACAGGAUGGCGACCGUGCCCGCUCCCGCAGCCGAGACCGCGGCCUCCACGGCGCGCACGGUGAAGGAUGUCAACCCCCACGAGUUCGUCAAGGCCUACUCCGCGCACCUCAAGCGCUCCGGCAAGAUGGAGCUUCCGGAGUGGGUUGACAUUGUCAAGACUGCAAGGUUCAAGGAGCUUCCACCUUCUGAUGCUGACUGGUACUACAUCAGGGCUGCCUCGAUGGCAAGGAAGAUCUACCUGAGGCAGGGAAUUGGGAUCGGCGGCUUCCAGAAGAUCUACGGUGGCCGUCAGAGGAAUGGUUCACGCCCACCGCACUUCUGCAAGAGCAGUGGUGCUGUGUCCCGCAACAUCCUCCAGGAGUUGCAGAAGAUGGGCAUCAUUGAUGUGGACCCCAAGGGUGGAAGGCUCAUCACCUCCCAGGGAAGGCGUGAUCUGGACCAGGUUGCAGGAACUGUUCCUGCCGAAUUCUGAUCAGUUGAAGUCCCCUCUAUGCAAUCGUGUUCGGUAGUAGAAUUUGGCUACAGUUUUGAAUUAUGAUACCCCCCUGUGUUUGUUAUCCAAGACUUCGUUGAAGUAGAUCGCAUGCUAUUCUGGUACAAUGGUUAUUGUCUGAGCUUUUAAAUUAUCUGCCCGCCUGGGAGAAUCUUAUGCUUGUGAGUUCUUGUCAUAAAGAUGGAUUUUACUCCUUGCGUGAAUGUGAUGUUAGUGAUUGGCCUGUC